AUGGAGCUAUUGGAGAAGCAAGGAAAACUCCAUGGCAAAGAGGCACCUCGUCGACGGAUAGGCUUCUAUGGAUCAUCUUCUACCGUAAGUGGAAACCAGGAUGGUCGUGGUAACACUGGUUUGACGGAGUUAGAGAAAGAGUUGGUUUCCGGGUUGAUCGAUGAGGCCCUAGAAAAAUAUUCUGCAGAUGCAAUUGCUAAGCCAGACUAUGCACUCUUCUCAGCUGGAGGACGUAUCAUCCCCCGUCUCACAUCUCAGGAUUAUCAUCAUACAGUUGCUCCGACCUUUUGGGGUAAUCUGGGCCUCAAAUACUUUGUCAAGCUACCACGGCGAGAGAAGCCAGCUCAAAAGGCGAUUGAACCAGACAUUCAUGCAGGGGAAUGUUGGGCAAUGGAAGGUCAGCAAGGUCAGUUGGGGAUUCGUUUAGCAAGAAGAAUUGUAGUGACAGAGAUUACGAUUGAGCAUGCAGACCCGAGUGUGGUUUUGGACAUGGACAGCGCACCCAAGGAGAUCGAGGUUUGGGGACUUCGAGGAAGCGAGGAUGCAGCGCCCACCGCAACCUCUCACCAUGCUUCUCAUACCAAACCCAAGACAAGGCAGACAUUCUCGAUUCCUUUGUCAAUGCAGAAAUGGCCCUUUGUCGGAGUUGUUCUCCGGAUCAAAUCGAACUGGGGACAUCCCAAGUACACAUGCAUGUACCGUGUCCGGGUUCAUGGCUAUGAGCCUAACGCAUAA